AUGUCCACCGUCGCCGUCCCGAACCCUCCGCCGACCGCCUCCGAGGACGCCGAGAGCCUGAGGAACGCGCUCCAAGGCAAUCACAGCAUCUUCUUCUUCAGAUGGCGCGCGGACAAGGCCGCUCUGAUCGAGGUCCUGUGCCGGCGCACGGCGGCGCAGCGGGCGGCGAUCCGGCGCGCCUACGCCUUCCUCUACCGGGAGCCUCUCCUCAACUGCUUCCGCUACAAGCUCUCCCGCCAUUGCCUCCUCUCCGUCGAUUUCUGGAAAGCGAUGAUCCUGUGGACGAUGGAUCCGGCUGAACGGGACGCCAACCUGGUGCACGAGGCGGUGAAGAAGAAGGACGAGAGCUACGUCUUGGUGCUGGUCGAGGUGUCGUGCGCUUCCACCCCGGACCACCUCAUGGCCGUCAGGAAGAUCUACCGCAAGCUGUUCAGCUGCUCCGUCGAGGAAGACGUCGCGUCUUCCCCUACGCUCCAAGAGCCUCUCAAGAAGAUGUUGCUCCGUCUUGUGAGCUCCUACCGCUACGCCGGCGAGCAUGUCGACAUGGACGUCGCGAAGCUGGAGGCGGCUGAGCUGUCAGAGGCCAUCAGAGAGAAGCGCCUACACGGGGACGAGGUUGCCCGGAUCAUCAGCACCCGUAGCAAGCCUCAGCUCAGAGCGACGUUCCAACAGUACAAGGACGACCAAGGAACAGACGUCGUCGAGGAUAUCAGAAGCAGCCAUUGCGGCGGCAGUGGCGGCGGUGGCAAGCAGCUCGCUGGGAUGCUAAGGAGCGCCGUCCUGUGCUUGACGUCGCCGGAAAAGCACUUUGCAGAGGUCAUCAGGUACUCGAUCUUGGGACUGGGGACGUACGAGGACAUGCUCACGAGGGUGAUCGUGUCGCGGGCGGAGGUCGACUUGGAGCAGAUCAAGGAGGAAUACAGGGCGAGGUACGGGAGCGCUGUGAGCCUCGACGUCGCCGGCGACACCUCCUUCGGCUACAGGGACAUGUUGCUGGCCUUGCUAGGGGGGCAGGAGUAA